AUGCCUAAGGUCGUAAAAUCUCAGCUGGGAUGUUGCUUCCUCGCCAUUGCAAGUCUCGUGGCCCAGGCCAUCGUCCUCUGGCAGUACGGCGGCAAACCGCAAGAUGCAUGGCCAAGCACGACCCUGACCCUCAACGGUCUGAUCGCGAUUUUAGCUACCGUCUGCCGCGCGACCUUCAUGAUCGCUGUGGGUGCCAUUCUUAGCCAGGCGAAAUGGAAUCAUUUCUCUGGGAGAGGGAAGAAGGGUGGAUAUCAGAGGCUGGAUGACUUUACCUUGAUUGACGACUCCUCAAGAGGUUCAUGGGGAAGUUUGCAGUUGAUGUGGAGGUUUAAGGGAGCGCACAUCGCUUGCGUCGGAGCCGUGUUGACAAUGUUGUCACUUGCUUUGGGCUUCUUCUCCCAGCAACUGAUCACACUGCGGAUAGACCAGGUUGAAAGCAAUGCGCAAGGCCAAGCGGGAACCGUAGCCAGAAGUCAAUGGGCGAGCACCGUAUCAGGAUACGCAAACUCUUGGAACCCCCUAUCGCCCACGAAGCUUGCCAUGUACAACGGGUUCAUGUCUACAGAAGUCAGCUUGCCGCAAGUCACCUGCCCAACUGGGAACUGCACUUGGCCUAUCGUUCCGACCGUCGGAGUCUGCGGCUCCUCCUCCGCACGUUGCCUUGUGACAGCGCCAGAUGGUGCGCGGCUUCAAGGAUACUGCGGCUCAGGAUCCGACUUCAUGCCCGUAUUCAAUAUCAGCACUGGCUCGAACCGUACUUUCGAAUCCACGGAUCCUCGGAUGAUCAAGGCGGACGCGCCCAACCUGAUUGCUCAGUUCAGCGGUCUGGGCAUUCCCGGCGGUAUGCCAGCGACUACCCCUCUUGAUGACUCCCGCGCGGCUGAGUGUGCUCUUUGGUACUGCCUUCAGGCGAGAAACGUUAGUGUAGAGUCCGGACAGCUGAAGGACGAGAUCGUCGAUACCUGGAGUGAGGUGACCGGAGGCUCGACUGCCGAUGGAAGAAAUGUCACAUUCGCCAAUAUCCCGGCCAACUUCAACACUGAAGCUGGCAAGAGCUACGGUAUGGGUCCAUUUCAGAUGUACGCCAUGCAAGGCGCCGAUGGAACUUUGGGAAUCGUGUUCACAUCAGCGUCGCCUUUUGCAGAUGGAAUGCACGCCAGUUUCGGGGACGUUGACAGCUGGAUGGAGAGACUUACAAGAAGCUUGACGAACGACGUGCGCCUAAACAGCAACGACACCACAAGCUACGACGCCUUCAGAGGCACCGUGAUGGCCAGCCAGGUUAUCAUUGUCGUGCGCUGGGGUUGGAUCGUAUACUCUGUCGCCUUGGUCGCUGUGUCGGCGAUUUAUCUCGUAGCCGAGGUUAUGCGAGCGAAGAGGAAAGGACUGCUACCCUGGAAAUCUGAUGUUCUCCUGCCAGUGUGCAUGGACAUGGAUGAUGAGAUCAGGGAGAAAGCGGCGGGGGGCAUCAUUGAGCCUGGCGGCCUGAAGAGACUGGUCGGGGAUGUUCCGGUUCAGCUGAAGGCUGACAGGACCGGCGUUAUCAGGUUCGCACAAGAGGUCAAGACCGAUGGAACCAAUUCACCUUGA